GUCAAGCAUUUUGUUCAAAAUAAAAAAAAAUGUAAACACGUUUCGAAUUGCAUCGAAUUUAAUGUUUUAUUUUCAUACUUUUAAGUCAAAUGACCAGAACCAUUUCCUCAACAAACAUAAGAAUAAAAACCACGUAACCCCCACCUACACCUUAGCAGCUAGCUUAAACCAUGACUGAAGAACAUUCAACUUCGAUACGGAUAUGUCAGGAAGGACAUGCAAAUGCGAUCGCACUUAAUCGCGAAUACACACAGAUUGCUGUUGCGGGACGAUCACUUCUGAAAGUGUAUUCCAUCGAUGCCGAUGGCUUCUCCGAAGUAUGUAAUAUGCGAGGUGGUAAAAACCAAAAUCUAAGCUAUUCAUCCAAUGACGUCGCUUGGAGUGUGCUAGAUUCGAACCUACUAGCUACGGCAGCUACGAAUGGUGUUGUUUCGGUAUGGGACCUAUCAAAAUUCGGCAGACAAAAGCAAUUGUACGUUUACAGUGAACAUGAACGGACCGCUCACACAGUAACGUUUCAUGGUACUGAGGCGAAUUUACUGAUAUCCGGAUCGCAGGAUGGCACAAUUAAAUGUUUUGACUUGCGUGUUGACAAGGCCAUUCAUACGUACUGCAGCAAUUCGGAAAGUGUGCGUGAUGUCAAGUUUAGCCCGCAAUAUCCGAACACAUUUGCGGCUGUAUCGGAGAGUGGGACUAUUCAAUUGUGGGAUUUGAAAAGACCCGACAAAUGUCAGCUCCAAUUUACGGCCCAUUCAGGACCGAUAUACACAUGUGAUUGGCAUCCGACACAACCAUGGUUGGCGACAGGCAGUCGAGAUAAGCAAAUCAAGAUUUGGAACAUGGAACAAAAACCGAUCCUAGAGUAUACCAUCCAUACGAUUGCUGUGGUAGGCCGAAUAAGGUGGCGUCCAGAUAAAAUGUAUCAUAUUGCCAGUUGUGCCCUUGUCGUCGAUAGUUCCAUCUACGUUUGGGAUAUAAGACGUCCGUACAUUCCCUACGUAGCCUUCAAUAAACACACGAAUGUCACCACGGGCAUAGCGUGGAAAGGCAACGAUCCGCAUAUACUGUUGUCGUCGAGUAAGGAUUCGACCGUACAUAAACACUCGUUUCGGGAUGCAAUUCGACCGAAUGAUAGAGCCAAUCCGCAAAGUACGAGUAUAAGUCACAGUGGCGACAUGCUGUUUUCCUACAAAAUUAAAAAUUUACAACCUGUGGCUGUGCCAACGACUAGGACCAGUUUCAUGACUCCGAAGCCGAAGCAACAAAUUAUGCGCGAUCAAUUUCACUUAGCAAAAUCAUGUCUAGUCAGCUAUAACAAUUCGAAGAUAACUUCGUCCAAAGAUCCAUUAGCCACAACCAAUUUGCACAAGGAUUUUGCCGCCUUUAAGGGAUUGGCCAAAGAGUAUCUGCUCUGGGGCAAAACGUUGUCCGAAUUGUGUGAGCACAAUGCCGAAAUUGCAAGGAAGCAUGGCAAAUCGAAUGUGGCCAUGUUAUGGAAAUUCGUGAAGAACCAGUACAGUCUACCAAAGCUCAAUCAAAACACCUUCGAGCUUCGGAACACGAAUAUCAAUCAGAGUUUGUUGCCAAAUCGAAAGCAUUUGCUACAGAAUUCGAAUGCCAUCACAACGGGCUGGGGUGAAGAACAGAAAGAAUUGACCAGUGAAGAAGCUAUUGCCAAGAUGUGCUGUGAAGAAAUAAAGCAUCAAGACUUUCGACAUCCGAAGAGCGGCGAAUUCAAGCACACGACCAGCAAUCCCAUUUCGAAUUUAAUGCAAAAUGUUUUAACGGCUGGCGACACGGAUUCGUUGAAUAAUUUUAUGUACGGUGAAGCGGAGCUGACGGUGAAUUGUGUGAAGGGUUUGAGGAACGGAUUUUUGUACAUAGGACCGCAUGACUUAACAAAAUUAUGGUCUCUGCCCAGCAGUUCCAUUGUGGGACACGAGCUACAAACAGCCAAAGAUGAAGAAUUGACAAGGGAACAGGAGAAAGUCGUCUCGCCCACAGAUCCUGUAAAUAUUUUGCGAGUCAUGAACCAGCCGAAGCAGAUGCAAUGGGAGCCACAUGACGUACUUGCUGAAGGUUUGAAUUUACAAGCCGAAAUGGGAGACGUGCAGACAUCGGUGUGUAUAUUAACGGUUCUCGGUGAGCGACGUAACGAUAUUCCGAUUGAGAAAAUUGUGCAGGAAUACUGGCUCCUCUCAUACAUUGAACUCUUACACCACCAUCAACUAUGGAACGAAGCAACAGAAAUAAUAAAUUUCUCCUGGCUACGUUCCGUCUACGAACUGAAUCAACAGUCAACGACCAUGCACACCAAUUGCGGCGAUUGUGGAAAACCAUUUGCAUCGUCCGGCUGGUUCUGUCAAAAGUGCAAAUCGUCUCGAAGUUCCAAAUGCUCGGUUUGUAAUCGAGUCGUUACCGGACUGUAUGCGUGGUGUCAAGGAUGUUCGCAUGGUGGUCAUUUGAUGCACAUGAAAGAGUGGUUUUCCAAAAAUACAAAGUGUCCGAGAUGCGGACAUCUGUGCGAGUAUGAGUGAGAAUGAAAUAAAGCAAAAACGCUUUUGUGU